AUGGGCAAAAACGACAAAAAGGGUGCAGACAACGGCGGAAAGGCCAAGGGAGGAGACAAGGGCAAAGAUGCCAAAGAUGCCAAAGACUCCGGCUCUGGCGGCAAAGCAAAAGGUGCUCAGAACAUCAAUGUCCGUCACAUUUUGUGCGAGAAGCAUGCCAAGAAGGAGGAGGCUCUGGCAAAACUAAACGAUGGUGUCAAAUUCGACGAAGUGGCGCGAGAGUAUUCUGAGGACAAGGCCAGACAAGGUGGUUCAUUAGGUUGGAAGACCAAGGGUAGUCUGGAUCCCAAGUUUGAGGAGGUGGCUUUCGCUCUUGAAACAAGCACGACCAACAGCCCCAAGUUCGUCGAGGUCAAGACUGGGUUUGGAUAUCACAUCAUCAUGGUGGAAGGACGCAAGUAG